UAAGGUCAUUUCAUAGCGUAGCACACCAAUCUUUACAUUGUUACACGAUAUUGGUUACAAAAUCACAACUGGAGCGUCUUUAUUCACCUGAGCCAUUCAAAGAGUAGUAAGAUGGAUGUUCCGUCAGACUUCAGUUACCUUCAUACCCCGGCAGUUCAACCCUUCAUUUAUUCAACAGUGGAUAGAGUGGCUGGCGUUAAUGCUCGUCUCCGUCCUAACCAGGAGCUGUUUAUCCUCCGGGAACUGGACGGGUCAAGGUCAAGCUUGACCAAUUCAAGUCUGUAUAAACAGGCUGAACAUCUUGCGAGAUACCUAGCAUCACAAGGAAUCACAAAAGGUGACAUGGUUGCGCUUGUAGGUCCGAACACCCUCGAGAUGGUUGUGGGGACGCUAGGAAUACUCCUGGCAGGGGCUGCUGUGUUGAAUUGCACCAUUAAUACGAAAACAGCUCAGGAUCAAAAGAAGUUGUUGGAGCUCACCAAAGCCAAGUGUAUUUUAGCGGACCGUGGCAAGGACAGCUGUCUUCUGUCACCUAUCAAGGCGAUGCUGGAUCAUUGUAAUGUGCAAACGGAUGAUAGAACAGGUGAUGAUCAGAUAAAGGUCAUCUUCCUCCGCAAAACUGACCUGGAGGGUUUCAAGAUGACCGACACUCUACCAAAAAUACUAUCACAGGACAUGAAGAAAGUGGAACUUCCAAAUGUCGCCCCAGAAGACCCAGCAAUAAUUUUUACAACUUCCGGGAGCACAGGAAUUCCAAAAAUGGUUCUCCAUUCACAUUACAGCCUAGCUAGUUAUCCUUUCUCCUGGAUACCAACUGCAGUGAAUUAUGAGAUCGUAGUUUACAACGACCGACCUUUCAGUUGGAUAGGAGGAAGUCCAGUCCUGUCCAUUCUUAGAAGUAUGCCAAGGGUUUUCAUGGAUGCAUCUAUUACCAUGAACGGCAAAAACGCAUAUUUUCUUUGGAAUGUUAUCAAGGAAGAACUAUGUACGGACGCCUUAUUCUUUCCGCACAUAAUCCAAGAUUUGCUCCAGUUAGCCCCCGGUGUCACGGAAGACGGCUUCAGACUCAAUCAUAUAUCCACUGGUGGCCAGAUUGUUGAUAAUCUAUAUACACGCGUAAACGACCGAUUCUGUCACGCCGUUGUAGUUGUGUACGGUUGUACGGAGGUAGUUCCUAUCGCCGCUCGCGGCCCUGUAGUGCAGGGAGAACUUCUCCAGGCUGGCGACGUUGGUGUGCCGUUUUCUGGUGUGGAAAUACGGAUAGUCGACACUCAGGAGAAUCCUAUUCCCUUGGAUACCGUCGGCAAGGUUCAAGUCCGCUCACCGUACUCGAUGAAGUGUUACUUUGCCAAUGAAAACUUGACGAAAGAUGUAUUCACCGAGGAGAGGUGGUUUAGGACAGGGGAUGUUGGUAAAAUAUCCGGAGGUCAUCUCACUAUAAUGGGAAGAGAAACAGACGCCAUAUCCAGAGGGACUCGCAAAAUCUACCCAGGUAUGUUAGAGUAUCUAAUCAAGCAGAUGGAAUUCGUUAAGGAUGUGUGUAUCGUAGCUGUUCCAGACAAGAGGCUUUACGAGGAAAUAUGUGUGUGUUUUACAACCUCCGUGAAACUCACACCAGAUGACGUCCAGCAGUACUGUCAGCAGAACCUGUUUACUACGAGCACUGUCGACGGUCUGGGAGAAAUGCCGACGUAUUUCCUGUUGUUUGAAGAAUUUCCUAAAUUAAAUAAUGGGAAGCCGGACAAACGAGCUGUUGCAACAGAAGCCACUGUGAGGUUGGGUCUAACAAAAGAGCGUGAACUUCAGGGUGUAUAGACAAUUUCAAAAAUCUACACACCGUUGUGAAGUUCUAUGCUAUGCAUAACUGAUGAACAUCAAUUUUAAUCAACAUCAGUGAAACUCUUUGAUUCACCAAUAGAGCUUUCGUACAGGGAAGACAACAGUAGGAUAUAUAAUCAUCUGUUUACAACUCAAGUUAUAUAUUUUAUAUCAGAACUAGUAUCAUUUUACGUCAUGGUUCGAUUGUUUUCAAUGUAUCAGAGUCAAAUAUUAACGUCAGUGGUGGUUUUUAAUGUUUUAGGAGUCAUUAUUUAUUGGCCGGAUGCUUAUCUACAAUGUAUGUAUGUUUAUGGUACUGGAUGUAACCCAAAUAUUUUGGCCCAGUGAUUUUCUCUGCAAUAAAAAUCAAAGAUAUUAAAUUGUUUAUUUCAAAAAAACAACAACAUAAUUUUGUUAUUUUAAAGUUUUACAUA